UUUUAAUGUUUUGGCGCCUGUCCUUAACAAAUAACAAUGGCUUCGAACAAAAGGCAUUUCGCGGAGGAAGACGACGAUCCUCACUCGUUCUCCAAGAAAUCGAAGGAAUCUGAAUCUGAAUCUGAUGCAUCCCCUUCUUCUCUUCGUGUUUUUCUCAAUCCUGCGGACUGUGACUUGGAUUUCCAUAUUGAUGGCAAUGGACAUGUUGGAUAUGGCCUUCAUGAGGAAGGGUUUGCUUAUUGCUGGUCCGGUGCCCGAGCUAACGUGGGAAUAACCAGAGGUAGAUAUUGUUUUGCCUGCAAAGUUGUUUCUGCACAGACGGUUAACAUGCAGGACACGGCCCCUGAGCAGCAGCAUAUUUGUCGCCUCGGGAUUUCCAGAGGGGACAAUGCGGUUGGAAACCUAGGGGAGUCCAGGCAGAGCUUUGGAUAUGGUGGCACGGGCAAGUUUUCGAACUGUGGAAGAUUCUUAGAUUUUGGUGACAAGUUUGGUGUUGGUGAUACAAUAGUUUGUUGCGUUGACCUCGACCUUGAAAGCAGACCACUGGCUUCUAUUGGUUUCUCCAAGAAUGGGAAAUGGUUGGGUGCUGCAACUCAAUUUGAUGCGGCUCGCCUUGGAGUGGUGGAUUCUCCUCCCGGGAAUUUACAAUGGACAUCGGCCCUUUUUCCGCAUGUGCUGUUGAAAAAUGUUGUGGUCCAGAUGCAGUUCAGUGUCAAAGAUGGACUUGUUCCUGAAGAUGGGUUCAAACCUUGGGCCUCGGCUAUGGAGGAUGGAAACAUAGUUAUGGGACCUUCUUUUUCUGAACCAAGGGAUUGUGAAGUGAUAAUGAUGGUGGGGUUACCAGCUUCAGGCAAGACUACAUGGGCAGAAAAAUGGGUAAAAGAUCAUCCAGAGAAGCGUUAUGUGUUGCUUGGGACAAAUUCAAUUCUUGAUCAGAUGAAGGUACCUGGACUAUUGCGGAGAAACAACUAUGGUGAAAGAUUUGAUCUUUUGAUGGAUAGGGCAACUCGAAUUUUCAAUAUACUGCUAUCCAGGGCAGCUAAUAUACCUCGCAAUUAUAUAAUUGACCAGACAAAUGUCUAUAAAAGUGCACGUAAGCGUAAACUUGAGCCAUUUGCUGAUUAUCAGAAGAUUGCUGUUGUUGUAUUCCCAAAGCCAGAUGAGCUCAAGAUACGGUCUGAUAAAAGAUUUACAGAAAUGGGGAAAGAAGUGCCACCUGAUGCUGUGAAUAAAAUGAUAGCUAAUUAUGUUCUGCCUAAAAGCAAGGAUAUGCCUCGUUCAGAUGAAUUUUUUGAUCAGGUAAUGUUUGUAGAACUGAACCGAGGCGAGUCUCAGAAAUAUUUGGAUCAGAUGAAGCAGAAUCUUGCAUAUAUAUCUAGUAAUAACUCAUCAACAUUACCCCCUGGAGGUUCUUUUGAGUCUUUUGCUGGUUCGAAUUUACCAAAUAAAAGAAGUCUCACAGGCAGUGGUCUUCACCAGCCUGGCUCUUAUUCUCCCAUCGCUCCACCCAACUAUGGGAUGCCUGGUCAAGUUAGUCAGGUUAAUGCAAAUGGGGGUAUGAAUUCAUUUUCUGGAGUAUAUCCAGGAUGUCAAAUUCCGCAUGUUGCCAGAGCAGCCUCUCCUUGUGAACCUUAUUACAAUAAUGAAUCAAAUUGUUUUGCUAGAGAUAUUGCCGGUUAUAAUCAAACUUACGGUGCUAUUCCGACUGGUGAUAUGCGGAAUUACAACAGCUCUGUUGUGCGUGGCCCAUAUAGGCCAAACAUUGUAGAGAACAAUAUGAUUUUCCGUGAUGCUUUUCCUGAUGCCUACAGGAGUCGCAUGAAUGAACCCUCUCCAAUAGCAAUUGCAAGGUCAAUGUCUUUCGAUUAUAGCACUCAUACUGAACCUUAUCCUGAUGCCUACAGGAGUGGCAUGAAUGAAUCCUCUCCAAUAGCAAGGGCAAGGGCAACUCGUAAUGAACCUUAUCCUAAAGAGGAUUCCAGCCAUUCCUACAGAGGUUUCCGGCCUGAACUGCAUACUCGCUUCCCGACGUUAUUUGAUUCACUUUCCCCAUAUGGGACACUGACUCCAAGACCUUCUUAUGGAAGUUCACCUAAUAACAUGCCGUAUUCAGGAACAUAUGCCUCCCAGCGUCCAAGAUACUUCUAACUGCCGUGUAGAUUCUGCUGGUCCACCUCAUUGUCUAUAAAUUAAUGUUGUGAAGGGGAACAAGGCUUCACUUCCACUGACUGCAAAAAUUUGUAUAUAUGUAUAUCUGUUCAUGUUUCGGAUAUUUAUUAUUUGAUUUAUUUAUGUACUUGAAUGGAAAGUAAUAAAGUGAGGUUUGCUUUAUAGGCAAAAAUAUAAACGAAAAAGUAGUUUUCUGUUCAUUCA